GGAUACUCUAGAUUAACAUGUGCAACAGAAACAAAGACCAACGUAUGGUUUCGAAAGGCAGGACCUUUAUGAAACUGGGAGUUUGGGAUACAGUGUUUUGCACGAUUUUCAACGUAUGGUAUCAAUAGACCUUUGCAAAUACAAUAAGGACGUUGUUGUAGCUCUUUAUAGGAGGAUCAUGAUUCUUUCGUCGGAAUUUUAUUUUGUGAGAUUGGCAGUACUUCUUUGUAUGAUGAGAAAUGUACAUUCAACGAUCGACAGAAAUGGAAAAAGUAUAAGUGAAAAAUUCGCUAAAAAGAAUGCUACCUGCGAUGAAAUCCCCGGUCCAGAGGAUCUUCUCGUUUCCUGUCAAAACAUGGAUUUUUCAAAUGGGUUUCCAAAACUUCCAGAGGAUGUUACUGAUUUAGUGAUUGAUACGUGUAAAAUGCCAAUAAUUCAGAACUACUCCUAUGGGCUACUUCCACGCUUGUGGAAACUGGAAAUAUCGUAUUCUAAUGUUUCUUUAGUAGCCCCAGACGCAUUCAGUAUGAUGCCAAACCUCACAGAUAUCAACCUAUCAAACAAUACAUUGAAGGAGAUCCCAGCUAAUAUCUUCUGGUUAAAUAGGAUAACAAACGUGGAUUUAAGUGGCAAUCAAAUCAGAAACAUAACAUUUCCAAGUAAUAUUUCCGCAAGAGAAGACAUCGAUAUCUCAAUACGACUGUCUUAUAACAUGAUCGGGAAGACUACCAUUCAAAAUGGAACUUUCAAUGCCCUGGCGAAUUUUACUUCGGUGUCUUUAUUCUUAGACGGGAACGAUAUAUCCACACUUCAUCCAAGUACAUUUUUGGGUAUAAACAGGUUUAAUAUUCUUGAUUUGAGCAAUAACAACUUCGGGAAGAAAAUAUCACUUAUGGAUAUCGGACUCUGUAUACGAGACAAACCAACAAAGGUUCUGAAAAUGACUAAUUGCAAAUUGAAUCGUACAUUGACAGAGAAAAUGUUUAAAACAAUGUCUAACUCAUCAAUUGAAUCACUUGACCUAAGUGGAAAUAGUUGGACAAUAUGGCCAAAGAAUACACUAAAACAUUUAAAAAACCUUCGAAACCUUACAGUAAAUAACUGUCGUUACUUCGCGUUCUUUGAGGCAGCCAAGGAACUCGAAGAAGUACUCAAUGUUUCACUGAGUUCAAAUGGAUUGCUUAAAACACACAUUAUUUCUAUAAUUAUAGCUUCUUCAAAAAAGAUCCAAUAUCUUAACAUAAGUAGUAAUCAUUUUCAAGAUCACUUCAAAGAUAUCAAACGAUUGAACAGCACAUCACUUAAAACUUUUGAUAUGUCAAACAACAAUCAAAUCGUUACAGAAACAUCACAGCUCGAUUAUUACAAAGCAAUGAGAAAUCUGAGUAUACUUAGGUUGAGUAAUACCAACAGUGACUUGAUACAUAACAUGGAUAUCGGCACACUACGACUCACCAACAUGUCAAAACUAGAGUUCCUUGACCUUAGUCUCAAUAAAAUCUAUAUCAACCGUACAACAUUAAAUGCCAGUUUUAUGGGUCUGACAAGCCUGAAGACAAUCGUGCUGUCGUACAACAAUCUGGCAAACACACCUUUUGACGCUUUGGAAGCGUUCUUCCAUCAGCUUCCGACCCUCAAAAGUAUAGAUUUGUCGUUUAACAACAUACAGCAUCUUCCAUAUGAUGUCUUCAGCGGAAUGCCAAAUUUAACAGAACUCAUACUCCAAGGUAAUCGUAUGACAUCGUUCUCAAACAAGUACAUCAUGAACAACCCAAAACUUCAAAGGCUACUGCUUCAAAGGAACGCAUUAACCUGGAUAGACGCUACCAUGUUUGCAAAACUAACUUCAUCUUUUACGUUGAACAUAGAAAACAAUGCAUUCUAUUGCAGCUGUAAUCUUCGUGAUUUUCGACAAUGGCUCAAUUCCAGAAACAAAAAUGUGGUAAUAGUAAAAGGGGAAAAUCAGCAUUGCAAGACCCCUAGUAGAUUUAACGAAACUAGCAUCAAGAGAUUUGAAUUACCAUGGCUCGAAUGUGACAAUCACUUAGCCAUAAUGGUAUCAGCAUGGAUCGCUGCUCCACUCUUACUAGCGAGUAUGGUAGCUGUCAUCAUUUCUUACUAUCGUUGGGACAUCAAAUACUGGUGGAUUCUUCGAAGGUCAAGGCGUACUAGAAGGGGGUAUACCGAGUUGACAGAAUCGAGAGUCAGUAACGGAUUCGUAUAUGAUGGCUUCGUUUCGUACAAUAGUGAGAGUCAAGGUUGGGUGAUAGAUCAACUGUUACCAAAUAUGGAGCGAUCUCCUGACGACGUCAACGUAAAAUUGUGUUUUGAUGGGCGUGACUUCAUACCAGGGAAGUUUAUUGCUGACAAUAUUGUUGAUUCUAUCAAAGAGAGCAGAAAAAUGAUGUUUAUCAUAAGUAAAAGGUUCAUUGAAAGCCAAUGGUGUGCAUUCGAACUAGAAAUGGCGCAUCUAAGACAAUUCGAAGAAAAGAAAAAUCUAAUCGUUCUCAUAUUUCUCGAAAAAAUACCAAAGAAGAAGCUCCCAAAAAAGAUCAGCUUACUUAUGCGUCAUGUAACCUACGUUGAAUGGGACGAGGACAAUUUGCGUUCCCAGAGUCUGAUGUGGAAAAAGUUAAAGUUGAGCUUGUUAGACAUUCCGUGUGAUCUGACUUAUGGGAAUAUCGCUUAAAAUAUAUAUUUGCAUCUCUUAUAAUUGAAAAUAAAAGGAAGUAUGUACACAUAGGCAACGAUUGGUGGAAACGCAAAUAGUAAAUCAAGUCAACAGUGAGAUGAAUGGAGCAAUUAGCGGCUUAUCUAAGCAGGAAAUACUAUACUGCCAAAGUGGUAGCAAUCAUGUGAUCGACUUAUUUCAGGUGAAGGGGCAUGAAAAAAUACUUAUUUUGCAAUCAUGAACACUGAUUACUAUUUAUUCCAACUUUUAAAUGAAAUAUGAUAGAAUACUAAAUGCGAUUUGAGCAUAAUUGUCUACAUAGCAUAUACAGUUAGUAUUUGUUUUAAGAUAUAAAACUGAAAGUUCUCGUCCGCAUGAAAACGAAAUAUGACCUUUCGUAUAAGCUACAUGUUCUCAAAAUGAUUAUAUGACAAGAUGUUUGCAACUUCUGGUAACAUUCUCUUUAAAUGAUAUACUGUUUAACAUGUAUUGUUAUAGUGCCUUAUAGACCGUUUGUCGGCCUGGGGUGUUUUUUAAUUAUACAUGUUUUAUAAUUUGGACACU